AUGGCGGCGGGCAGCAGCACGUCUUCCUCCCUGACGUCGACAACCAACACGCUCACCUUCGCGCCCGGUAUGGCCGCCCAGCUUCCUCCUGGCGGCGUCGCCGACGUGCGAGCCCUCUACGACAACUUGGGCGCCGAAAAACGUCAUGCCUUUCUCCAACCGUCAUCCGCGAUCCCUUCCGCCUCGCUGCAGGUCGUCAAGGACACGCUGGACGCCUUUGCCGGACAGAUUAGCGACGAGCAGCUGCGCCUGCUGAAGGAAGCAACAAAGAAGCGCAAGCGAGCCGACGGUGGCGCAAGGGCCGAUGUUCUCAAGAUCCGCAAGGUUCAUGUCGAUGGUUUCGAAACGGGCCAGGUCUGGCAGCAAGCCCGUCGCAUCAUUCAGAGCGCUCUGAACCACUCCAAGGAGACCCUGAAGGAACUCGAGGAGCGAAACGAAGUUGUCACGACCGGCAUCAACGGCGAGGAGACCUCCGUCGAUUCCAACGAGGGGAUUCUGAACUUGAGGAGGGCUCCAGUGAUGAGGAGGAGUCAGGGUCCGACCGACGACGAAGACAUUGACUGGACCGCCGACCCGCUGGCGCCAUCAAGCAAGUCAAAGUCUUCAAAACGCAAGGACAAUGAUAUGGAGGAGGAUGCCGGCUCCGACGAGGAGGAAGAUGAGGAGGACGGUCCAACGUUUGGUGACAUGGACCUCAACGCUCCCGAAGGUGCAAGCGAUGACGAGGACAUGGAUGACGCCAUGGAGGACGAUCAGGAGUUCAACGCCAACGGUAUCUAUUUCAAGGACUUCUUCGCGCCACCGGCGAAGAAGGCAUCCAAGGACGGCAAGUACAAGAAGAAUAGGUCUGUACGCUUUGCGCCCAAGCCAGUUGCUGAGGAGGAUGUCGAGCGUGCCAUGGAGGACGUUAGGAGGGAUCUCUUUGACGACGAGUCUGAUCACGGAGACGACUCCGACGAUGCCCUGUCAGACGUUUCCGCCGGCGACCCGAGGUCACGUAGAUCCGCCCACGAGAGACGCCAGGCCAAGCUCGCCGAGGAGAUCCGCAAGCUCGAGGCGGAGUCCGUCGCCAAGCGCCAGUGGACAUUAACAGGUGAGGCGUCUGCCGUUGAGCGUCCCAUGAACUCUCUUUUGGAGGAGGAUCUGGCCUUCGAGCACCUCGGCAAGCCCGUGCCCGUCAUCACGGCCGAAGUCAGCGAGGGCAUCGAGGACCUCAUCAAGCGGAGGAUCCUGGCGCAGGACUUUGACGAGGUCCUCCGCCGCCGGCCCGACGCCGACCUGCCCCAGAACACACGACGUGGACUCAUCGAGCUCGACGACAGCAAGUCGGGCAAGGGUCUCGCGGAGAUCUACGAGGAGGAGCACAUCAAAAACGCCGACCCGGACAACUACGUCAGCAAGUCGGACGAGAAGAUGCAGAGGGAGGAGCAGGAGGUCGAGAAGAUGUGGAAAGACCUCAGCGCCAAGCUCGACUCGCUCAGCAGCUGGCACUACAAGCCCAAGCCGGCGGCGCCGUCGCUCACGGUCGUGUCGGACGCGGCGACGAUCGCCAUGGAGGACGCGCAGCCCACGACGGCACAGGGCGUUAGCGGCGGUCAGAGCAUGAUCGCGCCCCAGGAGGUUUACAAGGCCGGCAGGGACACGGCGGAGAAGGGCGAGGUGGUGGCCAAGAGCGGGCUGCCAAUCGCCAAGCAGGAGAUGUCGCGUGAGGACAAGCUGCGGCGGCGCAGACGCGAGAAGGAGCGCAUCCGCAAGGCGGGCGGCACGGACAAGAAGCCGCUCAGCAAGAAGGCGCAGAUGCAGAAGGACACGAUGGCGGAUCUCAAGAAGGGCGGCGUCAAGGUCAUCAACCGCAAGGGUGAGGUUGUUGACGUUGACGGCAACAAGGCCAAGGCGGAGGUCAAGGCGACGAGUAGUAGCUUCAAGUUGUAG